CUUAGAUGGAGUUCGCACACCUGCGAGCUCGAAGAUCGGUUGUUUUAUGAAUUAAUAAUCCGAGUUAAUACUCGUCUAUGUUUAUGAUCGUUCUGAAAGGAAGUAAUUGCGGUACUGCGUCAAAAUUGUCAACUUCGACACGAGAUAACCUAUUUUGGUCUAUCAACAGUGCUGCCAACUUUUAGGUUAAAGUUGGUGGUCCGUUCUAAUUUGGCGCGAAAAUGGUGCGAUGCGUCUAAUAGCAGACGACAUUUCCGUUCACGGGCACAACGGGACAAAGACGAGCCCACGUGUUGUUGCACCGGCAGAUCAAAUGCAUUUGAUCUGUUCGAUUUGUUGUUUCAUUUAAGUAUACGUGUUUUUGUUUGUUUAUUGUAAAAAAUUUUAUCAAGCAUGGGAAAAAGAAUUCCGAAAAAGAAGCACCGUGGUGUAAGAGAUGUAGAGAAGCAACGUGCGAAACGAUUCGCAGACAUUGCAACAAAGACCAAUGACCCACCGAAAGACGUUGAUGGGCAGGAUAUACCAGAAAGUCUUAAAAGAGUGAUUAAGCUUAAAGAUGACACAAAGGCAGGGAAAAUAAAGAGAGAGAUUAAAAAAAAGAAGAAGAAAGGUGGGAAUAGACUGAUCGCUAUAGACGGAUCGAGUUCACACAAGCCACAUCCAAAAGGCAGGCCUGACAAGGUCGUUCCAAAAUUCAUACAAAAGGUUGGAGAAAGCAAUGAAUCGUUCAUGCAUCGAGUGUCUCGAGAGACUCAUGCGUUCGUUAAUGAAACUGCCUUUGAGAAAAAGUAUAACGUAGAAGUGGAGCGUGACCCAGGGAGUGGCACGGUUGUGGGCGUGAAGAAAUGCCCAAAAGACGAGCUCGAGGAAUUGGCCAAAUUAAAGAUGAAGCAUAAGAAUAUUGGGAAGAAGAAGAAGAAAAAGGGAAACUCAGAAGACUCUGUGAAAUUGACCAAGGCUCAGAAGAAAAAGAAGAAAGAAGAGGAAAAAAAGAUAAAAAAGUUGCAGCAGAAGGAAGAUGACAAGGAAAGAGUAACCGAGAAGGUUAAGUUUGGAGAAGUGGUCCAUGCUCCACCGAAUUUGACGGUACGACCUAAAAAGGCGAAGGACAAGACCACUAACAAGCCAGGCAAAAAGGAUUUGUUAUUAAAUGCUUUAGUCCAAACUAAGGCAGUUUCUCCAAAGCAUCGUCAAGUUGACAAAAAGGGUAAACUUAAGAAUUUGUCAGCCGGUGAAAGACGACAAUUAGAGAAAGAGCGGAGCGAUGCCAUUGCUGCAUAUAAGAGACUGAAGGCGCAAAAAUUAUCUGUUAUUUAAUAUUUUAAGAAAGUACAGCAGAUGCAGAUG